UCUCGAACAGCGCAAGAGUCAGAAGAGCGAGAAGACCCUCUGCAUUCUCGCAUCGCCUGCCCUUAGCUUCCACGCCCUCAACACCUCCAGUAAUCAAGAGAUAAAAACAAUGGCCACCACCAAAACAGAGGGAUUCUCUAUCCCUGGCUCCAACCACCACCCAGCGAGACCCAGCAUCGCGGCAAUCCACAGGCCCUUCUCGGACGGCUCUAUGACCGUCGAUACCGACCUUCUCACCUCUCUCAUGUCCUCGCCACACACGGCCAACCCCGAGUCCAGGGCUCACUACAACAUGGCUUCCCCCUUCAACUUUUCCCAAUCGUUGCCCAUCCGACAGCACUCGUUCGACUAUAGCAUGCCCUCUCCGCUGUCGACGAGCAUCAACGUCGCAGAACACCUGCGCAACAGCUCCCUCUACGGCGCCCCCGUCAAAUUCGGCAACGAGCACCCUGAACCGCCCAUCAACCUCAAUUCAUCUUCCAACGACGUCCCCGACGGCCAGCGUUCCCGCUCCCAGUCGACUUCCAACGUCGGCAAGGCGCCUUCCUCGCGCUCCAGGCAGAGCCGCAAGUCCAUGACCGACGUUCGACCGCCCCGCGGCUCUAUCCAGCGUGGCCGCAGCCAAGGUCCCGGAACGGGCAAACCGAUGGGCCUUGGAGUUGAUCUCGACACUCACGUCGAAGGCGAGCUUACAGACUCAAUCUCCCCGCCCGACUUUGGUGCCAAUGCGACCUUUGGCCUCGCUAUUCCUCGCCACGACAGUAUCAACACUGACGCUGGCUCCUGGUCUGGCAGCGUGCCGAGCAUGGUUCCCGGCUCGCUCGGCAGUUUUGAUAAUGACGAUGUCAUUGUCGAGUCCCCCAUCACCCCUGUCAAGUCACUUCCCAACCUUCUCCCCGUAGAUGACAGCUACAAGAAGCAGAGGCGAAGGGAGUGUCACAACCUCGUCGAAAAAAGGAGACGCGAGCACAUCAAUGCCAAGAUUGAGGAGCUGAACACCCUGCUGCCCGAAAAGUAUAAUCAGGCCGUGGGACAGCCUGACGAGGAAGAGGAAGAGGAGAAGGCGGCCAAGAAAAAGAAGAAGAGGGGCGCCAACACUGUGUCAAAAGCACAGAAGGACGCUGCCCAUUGCAAGGGGCGGAUCCUUACCCAAAGUGUCAACUAUAUCCGCGAGUUGCGCGAGACUGCCGACUCCCAAGCUGGGCGUAUUGCGCACUUGGAAGCCAUCAUCGCGGGCCUCGGCAUCAGCGGCGAGACCGUCCACGACGCACCCGCUCAAAACUUUGCCCAGAAUCAAAAUCCUCUCUUUUGGUUUAACGGCCAGCACAACGGCGGCACCUUUGAAAACUCUGGGCACCAGCUCCAGGCGAUGCGUCCUUCCCCGGAACCCGCCGACCGGCCCUUUUCCUUUGAUAUCCCUGCCGAAAAGCCCUGGUCGGCGCAUCAAGAGUACAUGCCCUUCCAUCCGUCCCCGUCGAGCACAGACCAGUCUUCUGCCACCUCUGCACACCCCGCCUACCCCUUCUCUUCCCUCCGCCGAAUGAGCCACUCCACCAGCAGUGAUAUGGACGCUGAUAGCGUCCUCUCGCCGCUGGAUGAGGGGGACAGAGGAAGACCAAAGGGCAGGGGGGUGAGGCAGGACUCGCAGGCAGAGCUGCAGAUGGGUAUGUCCGGGCUCUUCUCUGGGCACGGCCAGGCCAGGGACCCGUCCACCGGGUCAAUCUGGUAGCCCCCAAUAAUCCCAUGCCUCCUUCGCCAUCAGUUUCUUGUUCUGUUGACAAUUGUGUAUCUCUUCUUUUCCUUGUCUCGAGACGUUAUCAUUCUGUGCUUGUAACUCAAUUAUCAUGUAGGGCCCGCAAGAUUAUUUAUCUGCCGGAGGGGAAGGGGUGUAAUAUCUACUCUUUUACAUAGGGUGUAUGGCGAAAUCGUGAUACAAGCUACUGAGCACCUUUUUUCACCAACUUUGCUUGUCACCCCGUACAUGGACUCUUCUUCUCUCCCUCUAGCUCAGUAGAUCAGUACACGUUUGGUAUAUAGUUUUAUCUUUUGAUUAUACAGGGGAGUGUACGAGUAUAAAUAAUAUCGGUGGCGUGGACUGUGUAAUAACGGAAUGGAUGUACUGUACUCUUUGCAGG